UGAGUGCAAUGGCAGUCGUAUAGUCUGUAUAGAGAUUUGUGUAAUGCGUUAAUCCGUUCACUGCUUUUGUCACUUCAUUACUGUAUUGUUGUUAACAUUGAAUACAUUCAGCAUUUAAUCCGUUAUUAAAUCCAUUCAAUUGACGCCAAUUUGGUCUCAAUUUAGCCGUCGUUUGAGUGGCGCUUGGCUUCAGGUCUAAGAAGUGAUUGAUUGGAUAUAACCAUCGCUUGCAUAGCGAUCGCAAACAGAUUACUCGUUCAUCCAGUGAUCGAUCCGUACAUCUGAAGCAAUGAUUAAAUUAUUUUCACUGAAAUCCCAACAAAACCAGUCGUCCGCUCAAAACAAUCAGUCCUCCCAAAGGGGUCGCAAUACCGCCGCACAGAUCCGCAUCACCAAAGACAUCAAUGAGCUGACACUCCCUAAGAACUGUGUUAUGGUUCCCGAUCCAGACGGCGAUCUCUUAAACUUCAAGAUUAUCAUCUGUCCCGACGAGGGCUUCUAUAAGGGCGGAAAGUUUACGUUUAGUUUCAAA